GUCAUCUUAAAGAUGAUUUCUUGUUGUUUUGUUGCCUCAGAAUCUUAUUGAGAAUCUGAAAAGAAACUGUUGAAUCCUGAGAGAUUUGCGCUUAUGAGGCGGAUAAAUCCUUAAGGACAUUUGUUCUUAUAUUUGGAAUAAGAACAAUUUUAAUUAUUUUAUCAGAGAGCUUGAUUUGUAAUUAUCAAGUAUUUUACUUUUUAUAUAUUUAUAAUAUAUAUAAUAGAUAAUAGAUUAUUAAGAUGAGGAACUCAAGGAUUGCCAUCUGCAAUUUAAAUAAUAUGCUCGAGGAUCUCACGGAUUUCCCUGAUAGUUCCACUUCCAAUAUUUAUUGCAUAUCUAUAUUGUUUUUAAAGCUAUUAUUAGGAAUAUUUUUAGGAAAUGACUUCAUUGGAAAAUAAUUAUAAACAAAAUCAACACAUGUUAAAGACUAAAAAUUUCAAUUUUAAAAUCCAUUUCUAUUAUGUUAUAUAUAAACACCAUCUCCACUUUCAAUACUUGCAUAUAUCAUACCAUCUAAAACCAAUUUAAUCAUGGCUCAAUCUCUUUUAUUCACAGUGAAGAGACGUGCCCCUGAAUUAGUUACUCCAUCCAAACCCACACCUCGUGAAAUAAAAUUACUCUCAGACAUUGACGACCAUGAUAUAUUACGUUUUCAUAUUCCUGGUAUACAAUUUUACAAGUACGAACCCAUAAUGACAGGAAUAGACCCGGUUGAUGUUAUUAGAAAAGCACUUGCAAAAACACUUGUGUUUUACUAUCCAUUUGCAGGUAGAUUGAGAGAAGGAGCUGGUAGAAAACUUAUGGUUGAUUGUACUGGAGAAGGUGUUUUGUUCAUUGAAGCUGAUGCUGAUGUUACUCUUAAAGAUUUCGGUGAUAAUCUUCUUCCUCCAUUUCCUUCCUUGGAUGAGCUUCUUUAUGAUGUUCCUGGUUCUUCAGACCUGCUUAACACUCCAUUGCUGCUUAUUCAGGUUACACGCCUCAAGUGUGGUGGUUUCAUUUUAGCUCUUCGUAUGAACCAUACAAUGAGUGAUGGAUCAGGUAUAGUUCAGUUCGUGAAUGCCUUGGCUGAUAUAUCUCGCGGGAUGAAUGAACCUUCAAUCUCACCGGUAUGGUGCCGAGAGCUUCUAAGCGCGAGAGACCCACCAAGAGUGACAUGUAUUCAUCCUGAAAUUGAACAGGAACCUGGUAACAACAAUACCAUAAUCUUAUCCUUAUUAGACAACAUGGUCCGACGCACUUUCUUCUUUGGUCCGGCCGAGGUAGCAAAAAUUCACUCUCUCCUUCCGACCAACAUGAUACACCAGUACACCAAAUUUGAAAUCAUCACCGCAUUUGUUUGGCGUUGUCGUACAAUAGCGUUACAACCGGAUUCAGACGAAGAAGUUCGUAUGAUGAGCGUAGUCAAUGCACGUAGCAGAUUGUUUAACCUAAAACUACCAAAUGGUUACUAUGGUAAUGUUAUUGUGUAUUCUGUUGCAGUGACAUCAGCAAGAAAAUUAAUUGAAAAUCCAUUGGAGUAUGCAUUGGGUUUAAUUCAGAAAUCAAAAGCUAAUGUCACCAAAGAGUAUAUUCAUUCUUUAGCUGACUUAAUGGUUAUCAAAGGUCGACCUAGUCUUUCCCUGAGGGGAUUGUUUGGAGUAUCCAAUAUUACACAUGCUGGAAUUAAAGAUGUUGAUUUUGGUUGGGGGAAACCUGUUUAUGGUGGACCAGCUAAAGAUAGUUCUUUUCCUGGCAUUGUUAGUUACUACUUACCAUUUAAAAACGGUAAAGGAGAGAAUGGUUUGGUUUUACCGCUUCAUUUGCCAGCUCAUGUCAUGGAGAGGUUUGUUCAAGAGUUAGAUAGUGUUAUUAAGGGUGAUUCAACAUCUCGUAUCAUUAAAUCGUUGUUGUAGCCUUUGACUAAUGUUGGUUUGGUGUGUGAUUAGUUGUUGGGAUGUCUUUACCUUCUACUUGUUUCUGCUGUUGUUGGCUGAUUGUCGUAGUUCUUUCUCUUUGUUUUUUGUUUUGUUCAUUUUGUUUCUUUGUUAGCCUGUUUGCUAUGUUUUGCUGCUCUGACACUUCUUGUGUCUGUUGAUUAGGGUACUUUGCUCCUCGCUAUUAAUAUAUUAUUUGAUCAUUUAAAAAAAU